UUAUUUAUUAUUUAACCUGUUUCCUGUAAAUAUUUUCUGAAUCCAAGAAGCAGAACUCAAGUGCCCCUCUUAACUAGAGAUGGUUAUAGAAACUCCCCUCUCAACUCCCCUUCUAUUUUAGUUCAAUUCAAUUAAGGAUUCGUUGUCAGCGUUUUCUUGGAAGUGUCGCCGUCUAACGCAUGGAAUAUAUAAAAGGGAAUGCCACUCUAUAACUUAGCUUUACUCAAAUGGAUUCUUCAACUGCAAAUUCAGUUUCAAAUUCCCCCAUAUCUUCCGUUGCUCAAUCUCCUCCACCUCAACAACAUCAGGAAGUGAAAGUCUCAAGCCCCAUUGUUCCUCAAGAUUCAAAGGAGGAAGUGGUCAAAGAUCCUGUUAGCUGGACAUGCCCAUUCUUCCAAUUUAAAAAAGAUAAUCCUAUCAGAUGCUGCUGGCUUGAUCUGGAGAGUCAACAAAUUGAGAAGUUCAAGAGGUAUGAAGUUGAGGCCAGGAGACAUUUAAUGUCCAAGUACUUUUCAGACAAGACUAUUUUUGGAGGAAACAUCUUUGACGUAAAAAUGACUAUAGAUGGAGAGCAAGUAAAAGUAAGCAGAUUUCCUGGAUACCAGUCAUAUGCAGAUCCCGCUAAUUUUAACGAUGAUAGCGGUAGCAACUCAGUAUCUACAGUGGAAACUCCAACCCCAAGUGCUAAUGGGCAGCAGCCUUCCUAAAAAGGCUACCAAUCUUAGAAUUUGUUUGCUUUGAUACCAUCCGGUGAAUUAGUGGAAAUGUCCUGGACUUAUAUUAAACUAGAGAAUAAUCCCGCGCUUCGCGCGGUUAUGAAUGUAAUUUUGUUUCUAUUUUUAAGAGGAUAAAAUUCAGUAUUAAUAUUUAAGAAGGUUUAUCUGUAAA